UAAAGGCAAAGUAGAUCAGAUCCGGCGGUGAUCAGAUCGGCGAUGGAUGGUGGCGACGAUGAUAUGGAUUCUCUUUUCGAAGGGAUGGAACUUUUUACGCCGGCGUCUCAGCUCGCAGAUAACAGCGAUAAAAAGGUAAGCUCAUCUUCAAUUACACCACCAACUCAUUCUGAAGAUAACGAGACCAAGGCGGCGGAGGCGGAGGCGGAGGCGACGGCUCCUCAGCCAGAUGUGACGGAGGCUUUGGACGAGAAUCUGUUUUCAGACUUAACGAUUGUGACUCCGGUUCAACACCAGCCUGAGCCGAUCGAGUCAGUUGUCACUACUACUCAUCCAUCUCCGGCGAAGAGUUAUGGACGUCAGGUGUCACGGAGGAAGAAAAGAGCCGGUGGAUUAAGAAUAGGAUACGGCAGGCACGAGAUCAACAAUCUCGACGAAGACGAAGAUGAUUCCGUCAGUCAACAAUCCGAUUCCGUUAGUCAAGUGUCGGAUUCCGUCAGUCAAGUAUCGGAUUCCGUCGCGCAAGUGUUUGAUUCCGGUAACCAAUCUUUGGACUCUUCUACUCCUGCUGUUGAUGUCGCUGUUGCUGUUGUUGUUAGUAAUGGUAGCUCAAGGUUAGAAUUAGUCAAGGCUCAGAUCGAAACGAAGCUGAAACGUGCUCGUGACUUGGCUGCUUCAGUUACUUCUGCACGUAAGGACGCGAUUAGGAAGAGAAGGCAAGCUUCUGAGAAUCUCAGAUUAGCUUCUACGAAGCACGAAGAGCUCGAGAAGCAGCUUGAGGACGCGAUCGAGGCGGAGGAUUUCGAUGCGGCUGAGAGGAUUAGCGAAAGCCUCGCGGCUAAGGAAAGAGAUAGGCUAGCCCUGUUGUCAUUGCUACGCCAAGCGGAAUCUGAUUGUGAUGCUAUUGAGUCGAGGAUGGAGGAGGUUCUUGUUUCUCAGAUUGAAGCUGAGGAAGAAUCUGCCUCUAUGCUUCGCACGUUUUGCACAGAUGCUGAGAAUGAUGCUGGAUCGAUUCUGGAUAAGGCAGAAGCUUUUUCUUCAGAUGAAAUGGAGAAAUGGCAUUCAUGUUCUGAAGAUGUUGAGGUUAGAAAAGUCGAAUUGGAUAUAGAAUCUGUUGUAGUUGAUAAUGUUCGGUUGUCGUUGAAUGGUACUCUUGAGGGAUCUGUUGAACAAGAUAUAAAAGAGAAGGAGAUGCUGCGUAAGAAGAAAGAACAAUUGUCAGAUGAACUUGAGGAGCUGCUUGCUUUGGUGAAGGCAAAGGAGAAGGUGAUUGCCGAGAACGAUUUGCAAAUUGAAGCAGUCGAGGAAAGAAUUAAUGAUGUGGUGAGUGGCUACAAGGAAUUGCAAACAAGUUUGGAUAGUAUGUUAAACAAUGUGCAAGCGGGACUCACCCAGAUUGAUAAGGAAACUGAAGAUUUGUCAAUGAAAAAGAAAGAGGUUGACGAGUUUGUGGCAGCUGAGAAGGAGAGAGGAGCUAAACUCCGUGAUCUUGUCCGUGUUUCAGGAGAUGAAGCCUGUGAAUAUGAGGAAGUUAUUAAAUUGCGUAAAGGUCUGAUGUCAUAUGUGUCUAAAACUAGAGAAGAGAGAGCCAAGCUUGUAAAUAUCGAAGAGAAGCUUUCUGAGGAAGUCCAGAAGCUACAAGAGGAGGUUUCUAGUACCCGAGAGUCACUAAAGGAGCAAUCUUCUAGAAAGUCGAUCAUCCAACAGAAUAUUACAUCUUUUAUGGAUAAAGUUAUGUUCAUAGAGAAAAGGAUGCCGGAGCUUGAAGCAGAGAAGAAAGUGGCUGCAUCUACAAGAAAUUUCAAAGAAGCUGGAAGAAUAGCUGCGGAAGCCAAGUCCUUAAAUGUAGAAAAGGAUAAGAUACAAAUGGAAACAGGAAAAGCUAACGCUGAGCUCGAAAAAGCAGAACAUGAGAUUGAAGAAACCAUCAAGAGGCUACAAGAGAUAGAGGUGUUGAUUUUGUCAAAAGAAAAAGAACUGGCUAUCAGUAGAUUCCAGAGGUUGCGGAUUGACAGUGGCACUGCAAAAGCAGAGAGUUCAGCUGCUCUGGAACUGAGCGACCUCGAAGAAGCUAAUCUUCUACUUGAGGAAGCGCAAGAAGCAGAAUCUGAGGCAGAGAAGCUCAAACUCACAUGCAGUCUCAAAGAGGAAGAAGAAGAAGAGGCAAAAUCUUAUGAUGUUUUUGUCUCGAUGGAACUCAUAGCCACCGUUGGUCUGAAAAAAUUACAAGAUCUAGCGGAAUCUGUUCCAUCUUAAUCUCUGAAGCUGCUUCCAGGUUCAAUCGUAGUGACUAAAUGAAUCAUCAAAAAGGAAGAACCAAAUGGUUUUGUAGAUCUAUCAAACACCAUGAAGCUCCACAAAGCAGUCCACAUGUAUGUUUUUUUUGUUUUGUUUUCGGGAUCCAUGUUUAAUUGAUUUGGUUGUUCAAAGAAAUGAGUGCAAAGCUUAUUCAAAUUAAAACGUUGUGGGUACAGGAGGGUAGGGUAGAAACGCCAAGAAGAAAUAUGUUGGGAUGUACUUACUUUGUUUUGUCCAUUAAGAAGUCUUAUCACACACCUCUAUCAAAAUGUCUUGCUCUCGCUGUCAGUGGGAUGUUCUUAAGUUCUA